AUGUACCUCUUUCUUUUGGCAGCACCUCCUAAAAUAAUCUCUCUCUCUCUCUCUCUCUCUAUCUUUUAUUCUUUAUUAUUCUUUUCUCACUUCACUCUUUUUGAUCUAUUCUCAUUAAUCAUCUCUCUCUCUUUUUCUGUCUUUCUGGUAUGUUUCUUCUCUUUGUUUCAACCAGCUUUCUUUUUCUCUUUAACUCAGUUUUUCUAUUCCCUUCUUUUUAUGCCUAUCUUUUCACUUUCUCUCCACCCUGUUUUUCUUUUCUUUUUUCCUUUCAACUUUUUUCUUCUCUAUUUUUCUUCCUUUUUCUUUCUCCCACUUUUUUCCAAAUGUAUGCUAUCUUUGUUUUUCCUUUGUGUUUCUCUCUCAGAAAAUAUAUUUUACUUACUCACAUGCACUCUCUACAUUGAACAAUCAUUUAUCUUUUCCCUCUUUUUCUCUCUCUUGAUAUUUCUUUCUCUUUUUGCAAACCUGCGUGCUUCUGACAGUGAGUUUGUAUUCAGAAACGAGACUGCAGCCUGUGAAGUGUUUCCUCUCAUCACUGGCAGGCCUUUACUUUUAUUUUUUAUUCUUUUCCCCGAUGUCUCUUCUUUUUCCAAUAUUUUUAUUUGCUUUUGUUAUUUCUUUCCUUUCCUUUUUCUUUUCCACUUUGUUUCAUUACUAUUAUACAUCACUCCAUUUUCUUUCUUGCUUAACUCAUCUUUUACCUCCCCUUCUUUCGUAUUUGGCCUUUUGCUCUCUAUCUUUCUCUAUUUUGCUAUCUAUUUCUUCUUUAUAAUAUUCUUGCAUUUCUAG